CCACGCCUCACAUAUCAACACCCUCCACCUGCGACAUGGUUCUUCUGCGACUCGGAGUUAAAGUCUUUGCUCGCGAGCAAUUGCAGGCGCCAUCGUCCUUGAAUGAUCGCGAUAGCCUCGGCCACGGCAAGCAUGGCUUCCGGGAUCGUGAGCUUGACAGUUACUUGAUCGUCCUUGAAAGCCCGGAGGAGACAAAUCUUGGUGAAUUGGCUCAGAUCAUUCGCGAGAAAUGGAAAAAGCGAAGACCAGAUGCUGAGUCCCUCGAGAUCAAAAAGCUGCUCGACGAUGAGAACGACACCUACGACCUCGAUGCAGACUUGACUGUUGCUGAUGUCUUCGUUAAUCGAGGCAAGGCCCGUCAGGACGCCUCGGAUCAGCGCGCGACUGUUCGUGUUAUCAUGAAGCCUACCCAGUACACACCUGUCCGACUUCCCUCCGUCACCCACGAUUGGGAUGCUCUUGCGGAAGAUGCUGAGCGCCAGAGACUCAUCAAAAAAGAGAUCAUACGGAAGGAGAUGAGUCAGAUUCCGACCGUCUAUGAAGAUCCCAAGGAUACCCUCACUUUCGAAUCAACUAGCAACCGUGCAACCUCUUCAGCAUGGAGCGCUCAUGAGAGUUUGGUGCGCACGAGCGAUAUUCCUGUCUCCUCCGUGGAACCAGAGGAUUUUCACGAAUCACCUUUACACGUGGCCAAACAACCCAUCUCGCAACAACAGCAGCAUCAUGUUGUUGCGCCAACCCCUCCGCGCAGGCGGGCGGAAAGUCAAGAAUUGGGCGAUUUGCAUCGCAGCUCAAGACCCUUCAAGACACACUUCUCGCUUACAAGGAACGGCUCAAGACAAGUGCACGCGCCGCGUUCUAUAAUUGAGGAGGAAGCAGAGCUUAUUCAUGACUCGCUGCAAGGUACCAAGGGCGAACACAAGGCUCACAAUCAAAAUGAUAUCAUGGAAAUUGUCAUUGAUGAGAGUGAGCCCGAGAACCUCGACGAAGGGGUGACAAACGCAGAACGGGAGAUCACAAUGACGGAAGUUGGAGCUGAGAAGGAAAAUUUGUCUGCCCCAACUCCUACUAGGAUCAACAAAUUGAAAGCCAACGGCACUGCUAUCACCAAUGGUGAUCUUGACGGAUUGCGUAAGCGAAAGCUAAGCUCGGAAAGCCUGAAGCCGAACAAAGAGCCGCGACGACAGGAGCCUGAGAGUCCACAAGCAGUGGACGACGACCUUGUAUACACUCUGAGCAAAGCUGAAGCCAGUCCCUCGACGCCGCGCCGCCGUGAUCGGGUCCCGUCUUUCCCUGGUGCUGGCCGACGCCUAAGCUUCGCGGAGUGCUCGCCUCGAGGGCCACCCAAACCUGGUCUUGGGCUGGGCAUCACGAGCAGCCCUUCUGGCAAGCAACCGGCAAUGCGUGCUGACAGUCCUGGAUCCCCGUCGCGUACUCAGAGAACCCCAACAAAGCUUGCGACACCAGUCAAACAAGCCCACUUCACCUUGUGCAAGGACGAUGCCGCUCACGAUCCGUCUGGCCGACGCUCAGUAUCAUUUGCUGAUAGUUCUGAUGUAAUUGUGACCAAGUCUGGGCCAGCGCCGGUGUCUAGUCAGAAAUCAUCAAGCAAUGGUUUCCCCAGGAAAGAGGCCGCAGACCGGGACACGAAAGCUUCUACUAAGCCUCCUGUGAUAGCCCAGUCUAUUGCGAGGGAGGAUGCCAAACAACCCAAACAAGCCGUCUUUGAUGAAGCUGAGUUCAGAGCUUGGGCCGUGGAGGCACGACAGACGCUCGAGAAAGCCACGAAGCAGGGUCGUGAUAGCAAAGGUAUUCAUUUAUUGAAGGCAGCCGUGGAAACAUGGGAUGCACAUCAGAAGCUCGGCAGGCGGAAGAGCAAUGUAUCUACCAGGAAAGAGCAAGAAAAUAAGCUCCGAGACCUGCGCCAGCAGAUCGAGAAAAUGGGGCCAUUGAGGUCUCUGCUCACACCACCCUCGAAGGCAAGGCCCAUCACACAGCCAUCUGACAAGAUCGGGCAUCUUCGUUCGACACCAGCAGGAACACAAAGCGCGACAAAGCUCAAAGGCGCACCAAGUCAACGACCAGCGCAAGGAGGUUCAGCCCAGCCGGUUCAACAGUCCUUGGCAUCGACUCCAAGCCGUAGUUCACAGGCCAAAGAGAGCUCAUCCAUAGCCAAGCUCGACCUCACUGCAUCCAGUUCAGAAUCGGAGUCCGGGUCAGAUACAAGCUCAAGCUCAAGCUCAGAAUCUGAAGAUGACGAAGACGGCAGCCCGCCACCUUCGACGCAGGGCGCUAAGCAUAUAUCCAAUGCGCCGUCGCCUUUCAAGUCCAAGUCUCCCAUGCUGCCCCAACCUCCAGCUACGACUGUCACGUGGUCCCACGCCCGUGGGGUGCCUCAAGCUACCCGUUGCACACUGAAAGAAUUAGCCGCGAAACGGAAGCAGGAGUUAGAGGAAGAGAAGAAGUCUAGAGAGAGAGAGGCCACCAAGAAUCUUCAAUCGAAGACUCCAGCUAUACCCGGGGCCGAUGACGAUAGUGACAGCGAAGACGACAGUGAAAGUGAAAGUGAGAGUGAGAGCGAGAGCGAAAGCGAGAGUGACAGUAAUUGA